UUGACCGAAACUGUCGCCAUAGUCGGGACCACCACCUGGGGCACCACCCUGGGCGCUAUCCUCGCGCGCAAUGACGUCCCCACGACGAUUCUGGCGAGGACUGCGGCAGAAGCGGACCUCCUCAAUUCCCAUCGCGAAAAUCGCCGUUUCCUGCCUGGCAUAUCCUUCCCCAAAACACUGACCGUGAGCAGUGAACCGUCACAGGUGGUGGGAGACGCAGACCUGGUGAUCCUGGUCGUUCCUUCCGAGCAUUUCCGCCAGAACGUCCGCUGGAUUGCCAGCGCCCUCUCUCCCGAUGCUACCGUGGUCAGCGCCUCCAAGGGCCUCGAGUUGCCUGACGCCAACCGGAUGAGCCAAAUCCUGGAAGAGGAACUCCCGCCAUCGAUGCACGAAGGCAUCUGUGUCAUUUCCGGUCCCAACCUGGCCCGGGAGAUUGCCGAAGAGAAACCAGCCGCCACGGUGGUCGCCGGCAGGAACGAUGACCGGACCGCCCUGGUUCAGGAACUGCUGAUGUCACCCACCUUCCGGGUGUACACCAGCGACGACGUGAUUGGCGUGGAACUGGGCGGCACCCUCAAAAACAUUAUUGCCCUGGGCGCCGGUAUCGCCGACGGCCUGGCCAUGGGGCAAAAAAGCAAACGUCUACCCUGA